UUCUUAAAUCCUCUUAACAUCAAAAAUGAGUUUCUCCAUUGAUUUUCAAUUAGCUACAAAUUGAGCUACAUUCUCCAUUGAUUAUCAAAGUAAAGUUCUUCAAUCUCCAUUUAUUUUCUUCAAUUUUAUUGGGCAACAAAUUGUUCCCUUGUAUUGGAUGUAAAUUGUUCUGUUAGCUUCUACUCUCCAAGUGUUGCUCUUUUCACUUUUUCAUUGCAUUUGAUCUUUAAGAGAUGACCAAAAAAGAUCCUUCAUCUAAAUCUAUUGGGUCGGAGUCCCAUGGAAAUGACGUUAAAUUAGAAGAAGUUUUCAAUGAAACAAACGAGAAGGAGAGAGACGAAGAGCAAGCAAUUAUGAGGAGAAAACAAUAGAAGAAAGUGAUGGGAAUGAGUCAAAGAAGGAUGAAUCUACUGCUCAGGAAGAGAGUGACGAUGAAUCUUCUACUCAACAUGGAGAGAAUGUCGAAGUUGGGGAAAACGAGGAAAACUUCCAUGACGAUCCACCCCCCACACCUAUGAAGUUGAAAUUCAUUUUUAAAACGGUUCAAGGUGAAACCGGCUAUUUUCUCGGUAGAGUGACAGUUAGGUGUAGAAUGGGAUUGGCUAUAGAAAAUUUGAGAAAUUCACUUGAAAGGAUAGAACCCGACGAAGUAGUUCGUCCCUUUUUGCGUAAGGCCUGCCUAGAUCAAUUCCUUGACAUAAAUGUUGAUUGUUGGAAAAAUAGCUUUCACGGUCUCUUGUGUCAUUAUUUGUUGCUGAGGGAAAUCAAGACAAAGAAAAAAAAUGAAAUGUGGUUUUUGAUUUGCAACAAGCCUGUCCGCUUUGGAAUGAAAGAAUUUUGUCUUGUUACUGGAUUGAAUUGUGGUCCUUUUCCAAGUGAAAGCGAGUGCUAUCAAGUAUAUCAGUGUGGAUUGAGUUUUGUGAGUAGAGUGAAGGAAUAUUGUUUUUCAUUAAAGGGGGACGACCAUGAUAAAAAGAACAGUUUGGUGGGUGAAGAUAUAUUUCAGAUUUUGAAUGUGAGAACAAGGUUAUUCAAAAGAGACGGGAAAAAUGGUAUUAUUGCCUUAUACAUAAUUCAUUCAGUCUUAUUAGCUACAGAGGAUACUAAGCAAGUGUCUGAAGAAUACCUAGCGUGGGUGACAAAUCCAACAUUCUUUGCGGCAUAUCCUUGGGGUCGAGUGUGCUUUGAUUUCACACUUAAUAGUUUAAGGAAGGACCUUCACGAAAAGGAAAACAAAUGGAAGCAAACGUUAGAAACAACAGAGAAGAAGAAACCACAAUCAUACACCAUAGGAGGAUUCACUGAUGCUUUUCUGGUAUGGGCUUAUGAAGCGAUACAUGUGUUUGGAGCCAAUCUUGGAAAGAAAUCUUUGAUUUUGAAUAAUGCAAUACCCCGAAUACUUUGAUGGCAUUCAGAAAAAACUCCACAACACUUGCGUUAUGAUUGGUAUGAUAAGUGAAAACGAGAUGCAUUGUAUACCAAUAAUGAAACCAUCUAAGAAGAAAGCUAAAAGUAAAUGGGUGAAGCUCUUCGAAGAAUUGGUGGAUGAGAAGGAUGAAACUAUUAAUGAGUUAGUAAGCGAGCUGGAUAAAAUAGAUGUUUUAGGUCCUCUUGAUGGCAUAGAUGAGCAGCAACAGUAGCAGUAGCAACAAGGACAUGACCAACAACAUGAGAUUGAACAAAUGCAUGUGGUUAACAAAGAAGUUGGUGUUGAAUGAAGAGGAUCGUCUUAAUCAAAGUCCUACACAUGAGAUGUCAUGGUAAUUACCCGUGUUGGGCCUGAUGACGAUGUUUCUGUUGAGAAGCAAAAUUCAGUUCCUUUUCCAACAACAACCUCGGAUAAUGUAGCUUCCUGUUUCGAUUGCAACAUUUGCCUUGACUCAGCACAUGAUCCUGUAGUCACCCUCUGCGGUCACCUCUACUGCUGGCCUUGCAUUUACAAGUGGCUCCAGGUUGAGAGCUCUGGACCAGCAGGAUCAUCUAAAUGUCCAGUCUGUAAAGCUCGCAUUUCAAACUCCUCAUUGGUCCCUCUCUAUGGUCGUGGGAUAUCAUCACUGGAGUCCGAACCCAAGAAGUCUCAAGAAGAUGUGGAAAUACCUCAUAGGCCUCGAGCGAUUGGAACAACCACUCCGCGUAAUUCACCGUCUCCAAUUUCUCACUUGCAUCAGCGACUUCGUUCCACAUUUCAACAUCACCGGCAAUACAUCCCCCAAGCCUUUGGCAGCUUUGCAGCUAUGGCUCCAUCUAGCUUUGGAGAAAUGAUCUCUGCAAGAAUGUUUGGAAGCACAGGCACACGUGUAAUAGCUUAUCCUCAUCCGAGCUCUUAUCUAAUCCGAGGAAGUGGUGUUGGUCCUAGGAUGAGAAGGGAAGAAGUGCAGGUGGACAAAUUUCUUAACAGAUUGUCCAUCUUUCUUUUCUGCUGCUUCAUCCUGUGCCUACUCCUGUUUUGAGGGUCAUGUAAUGUUUCUCUUCUCUUCUAUGAUACAUUUGUAGAAAUAUGCGUCUGUGCUUACAACAGUCAGUCAGUAGUUCAUAGUAGAAAAGUAUAGACUAGUAAGAGAUUUAGCAGAUAGCUUUAUACACCCUCCAAAGGUUGGUUCAUUUCCUUCUCUUUUGGCAAAACAGUAUUGUUUUUUUAGAAAGUGGCAACACCAAUGAUACAUGCUAAAUGCCUUGGUGAA